CAACCCAACUCACUCCAAAUAAUUCACUCAUGCCAUCUCUCAUAUACCACCUCAUCGACUCUUUCUACAAAACAAACAGCCACACCCAUGGAAAACACACCAACAUCAUCGUCACGACCCUGGGAUCCAACAGCCCCCUCCCUCCUCUGGGCCCACGAAAUCCGCCGUGAAAACAUCCGCCUCCUCAACCAACUCACAACGACCCAAUCCGAUCUUUCCAAAACAAUACACGCCCUAUCCAUCCUCCAACAAACCGUCUCCGCUCUCGAACGAACCGUACAGGACCUCCGCGCGCGCGAAAACAACAACACUCAUUCUGAAGCCAAGGUUGAAGCAGAAGCUGACGCGCGCGAAGCAUUGGGACGAAGAGUUACAGAGCUUGAAGGCGGUAUUGAUGCGCGUUUUGCUGAGUUAGAGAGGGCCGUUGAGGGAGUCAAGGGGGAGAAUAAGAGGUUGGAGGGUUUGGUUGAUGGAGUGAAGGAUGGGUGGGGCGAGGCGUUGGAGAGUGCUGUUGGGAUGCAGGUGGGUAUGGUGAUGAGCGACAUGAGGGAUAUGAUGAGGGUGGACGUUGGGAGGGUUGUGGAUGAGGCAGUGGGUAGGGAGAUGGAGGGGCUGCAGUGUGGCGCGGAUACGACUAUGGUCGAUACGUCUAACAAGGAUAUGGAUAUCGUACCUGACUCGAUGCCGAGAGAGCGGCGUGUCUCAUCCCCAAAACAGGAUCAUGAUACCUCCCUACAAACGCUCUCACAGAGUACGCUAGGAAGUUCAAAUUUUAGCGACGCCAGAGAUCAGCAGCCAGCUCAUUCCCGCGAUGGCCAGAAGAACGAGCUGGAUCCUGAUGAGGAUGAUUACCGCAUGAUCAAGCAGGAUGGGCGAAGUCUGUCGGAGUACUUCUCGUUGACGACGGCUGGACGAGGUCAACUGCCGCCUAGGAAGAGGGAGGGGAGGAUUGUGGAGGCGUUUGUGGUUGGGCUUGAUGACGGGGAUGUUAGGGGUCGUCUGGAAGAACGGUUGGACGAGGAGGGGUGGCUGUGGGGUGUUUUGGAAACUGCUGUGCAGAGGAUUGUUAAAGAGCACGAGAGAUCUCAGCAACAGAUGGAUAAGCCAGUCAAGAAGAGCAAGAAGAGGAGGUGUAUUUCCAUCGUGCCUGUGGAUGAGGAGGAUCUCCUAUACAACUGACUGUCAUGCAACAAUCAUAUUGCUAUGUACCCCCCGAGCCACAUGUAAUCAUAACGUUUCAUACUGAUCCUUUAAGUCUCACUAUACUCAUACCGCCCCUCACGAUCCUUGACCUCAACAUCAAUCUUUCCCUCCUCAAUCUCCUUCCCAUCAACCUCAAUUGAAGCCCUCAUAACAUCCCCAGACUUAACCUCCCCAACACCCUUAGGCGUACCAGUCAGCAC